UCACACCAUAUUAUUACCGUGAUGUAACCAUGAUGUCCAUGGCAUUAUUAUCUGAGACAGUACACAGCAGAGACAGGUACUCACAGCAAACACUCAGGUCUCCUUCAAGGAUUCAUCAUGUCAGGUUCACCUGAGAUUGAGGAACUACCAGCAACACAAACAGGGCCCAAAGGUGUGAUCCAUGACUGGAGGAAGUUCAAACUUGAGAGUGAGGACCAUGAAAGCGUCCCUCCAAACAAGAGAGAGCUCCUCAGACAGAUGUCCAACCCCAAACCCAGUAAUGAUGACACCCAGGAAAAACUCAACCGCAAGAUGAGCGUUCAGGAGUACGAAAUGAUCCAAGAGGAGGACGAAAGGUGUCUGCAUAAGUAUCGCAGGCAGUGCAUGCAGGAGAUGCACGAGCGCCUGAGUUUUGGGCCUAAAUUCGAUGCCGUGUUUGAGUUGGAUAGUGGAGAGGCCUUCUUGGAUGUCAUCGAGAAAGAGCACCAUCUGACCCUAGUGGUUGUGCACAUCUAUGAUGACGGGAUCAGAGCAUGUGACGCUCUCAACAACUGCUUGACUUGCCUGGCAGCAGAAUAUUCCACUGUCAAAUUCUGCCGAAUCCGAGCCUCUGCCACAGGAGCGGGUGAGCGUUUUUCAGAUGACGUUCUUCCCACCCUGCUGGUGUACAAGGCUGGAGAGCUGCUGGGCAACUUUAUGUGCAUUACAAAGCAUCUGAAUGAGGAGUUCUUCGCUACGGAUGUGGAGAACUUCCUAAGUGAGUACGGCCUGCUGCCAGAGAAAGAUUUUGCAGCCUGUCCUGUUGAGGAAGAGAAUGCAGACGUGGAAUAAUUGAGGAAAUUCAAAGGGUGGAAGUGAAUUAUAUUAGUCAACCUGUCUUGUUUCAGAGAUAGAUGGAGUAAUGACGCUCUGACUGGGCCAUGACUUCAACAAACACGCACACCUCAAGGCAUUUGCUAACACGUGAUUUACAGCGGUUAAAUACUUAGUGUUAUCAAAGGCACAGUCAUGGUCGUUUCAUUUGCCAGGGUUCCCACAAGGUUUGACUAAUGAGUUUCCGUGACUUUUCCAUGCCCUUUAGCUUGUGAUUCCUGGAUAAGGAUAAAAAAACAAAAAAACAUUCAAAUUUAGAUUUACUCACUGAUGAAUCAUUUUGACCGAUUUAUGAAGCAGAUUUGCAGUGAAAGUGAAAAGACUCGCAAGAAAGAUUUGUCAGAUCCACAGGGAAGUUCUCCACUGUAUCACGACGCAGUGCUUUGGUCGACUCAAGUUUAAAUGCU